AUGGCCGUCCCUCGAGCCUCUGUUAACAUACUCCGCUGUUAUAUUCGUCCCGUUACCAGAGCGGCCCCAGUUCUCCAGGUCCGGCAGCAAUCCGGCGUCAGCAGCGAUGGCGACAUCGGCGGCCCCGGAAGUCAGCAGACCCCACCACCCAACCCUCACUUCCGUGAGACCCUCAACCGAAACUGGCGUCCGAUUGCAGGCGCAGGGCUGCUCGUUGUCGCCGCUCUGUCGUACAUAUCCUCAUCGAAGGGAAGAAGACCUCUAUUAGAUGGGGACUUGAAGGCUGCUUCAUCUACGGAGAUUGGCAUGCCGCCAUCGCAGAGUAAGGUCUAG